ACUCCACAAGCAUGUGAGUGUUGCCAUAGGUAGAGAGUUCUGCUCUCGUGGCGUCUUCGAUCGCCAAUCAAAACUAAAGGGAUUGUCAUGACAUGCCUUCGGAUAAUCCUCAGGGUUUUUAUUUCUGCCCAUUUGAAGCAGGUCAUAACAGAAUUUAAACUGGUAAGCUAUAAGCUUCAGCAAUCAUGGAAAAGCAACGUAUAUCCCGCUUAACCCUAAAUCAAUCGUCCAAUUUAAAUAAACAAACUAUUCGUCAGAAACUGCCAGAAAAAGAUUUAAAAAUGAAUCAUUCAAAUUCAAGCAAGGUUGGAGAAAUUUUUACAGCUGCAGGGGCUGCAUUUAACAAGCUUGGUGAAUUAAUAAUGACUUUACAUUCAGUUGGUGAAGCCUCUCCAUCAAGUGGGAAAUGGACAAUGCAAGAAAUGGAUAUGUUAAAAUCUGCUGUGAAAACAUUUGGCGGAGAUUUAGAAAAGCUUAAUGAAUCUAUCAAAAGCAAAAACAUCUCUCCUCAAAUUAAACCAGCUCCUGUGCCUGUGAAAAGAAAAAGUUUUGAAGAUCCCGGCACUGUUUUGAAAAAACAAAUGACUGCAACCAUCAAGACAGUUUCACAGGAUAAAAUCAGAGCAUUAAAUUCUGUGAUAUCUCAAUCAACACCAAAAUCAGCAGAUAUAACUUUAAACAUGUUAAAUGCAAUGGAACCGGAAGUUGAUGUUGAAGGCUUGGCUGCCUCCAAGUUAGAUUAUGACAGUCCUGAUAAUUAAGCAGUGACAUUUACCAUUUGUGUGACCACUUUUUAAGUAAAAAAAUAUCCAUUUGUUUUUAAAAUGUAUAUGUGCUUGUGAAUAUUCAUAUGAAAAGCUUUCUGUGUGUAAGAUCGGCUUAUUUGCUAAAAUGAUUUUCUUAAAAUUAUUGAGUUUUCAUCCAAAUAAUUCGUUUGUGGUUGUUACUGUUAAAUAAUUCUACCCCUAACUAAUUUUCUAAAUAUUGGACUGUUCAUUUAGUUAUUUCAUUGUAUGUAUAAUAUAUUUUCAUGGUCUUAAGUGUUAUAGAACUAUUUUGAAGUAACAUAGUUUUUAUUUCAUUGUUUAAACACUGUUUUUUUUCCAAUGUUUCUUCAUUGUCAUAUUAACGUUUCAGAUAAAUUACAAUUUUUUUUUAUCUUAAAAUCUAUGUACAGAUGAUUUAUAUAACUCUGUUCAUUGUAAAUGUGCAUAUUUUUUAGUGUAAAUAAUUCUGUCUUGUAAAAUAUCAUGAAUAAAAGUUUUGUUUUACUUUAA